AUGAGUGAUAAUGAAAUAGAAAGCUUGCCCUCAAGGGUUCCAGAAGAUGAGAUUCAGCCUCAAAGUUUGAUAGUUGAGGAAGAAAAGCAGGAGAAUCAGACCAUUCAAAAGGUUGAAUCAAAGGCUAGUCUUGACUAUGCAGACGCGGAGCAGCGGCCUCCUAUAUUCAGGUCCAAUAUCCAUGAAGUAUUGUGUUGCUUGUUUUUGACGUUUGCGCCUUGUGCGUCGUCUAUGGCAUCGGGAGCUUAUCAAACAAGUUUAACUGCUAUUUCUGAUCAUUUUAAUGUUACGGGUGGAAAACUAACAUGGUGUGUCUCAGGAGUCACGUUGGCAAACGGAAGUUGUUUGCUGAUUAUGGGGAGUAUUGCUGACGCAUUUGGUCGCAAAAGAGCUCUCUUGAUAGGAUAUUCUGGCUUCGCUAUUUUUUCGCUAAUUGCAGGAUUCAUGAAUGAUUUUAUUCUUCUGUGUGUCUUUCGAGCAAUACAAGGCGCUAUGGUUGCUUGUGGAACCCCUGCUGCUGCAGGUUUCUUGGGAGCCAGCUAUAAGAACUCAAAGCGAAAAAAUCUGGUAAUGAGCUGUUUUGGAAUUGGAGCACCUGUCGGGGCUGCAUCAGGUUACUUCAUAGCAGGAAUUUGUAUCGAGGCUCUAAAUUGGCGAGCUGUGCAAUAUUUCUUUGCUAUUUGGUACUGUAUGAUGUUUUUCGGUGUUCUCUUCUGUUUACCUAAUGAUCGCAAAAUCGAUUGGAAGAACGCGAGAGAGAUUUUUAGAGGUAUUGAUUAUUGCGGAGCAUUUUUGUCAUUAUCAGGUUUCACUUUGAUCUGUUUUUCAUUGACUCAAGUGGAUGCCACUACAUCACGUUGGCGCACACCAUAUAUCAUUGCACUCCUUGUCGUGGGUGUCGCAUUGGUGAUAGGUUUCGGAAUCUAUGAGACUUACGUUCCUAAAAACCCCUUGAUGCCAAUGAUAAUGUUCAAAAACAGAAACUUUGUCGUCUGUAUCAGUAUCGUUAGUCUGAGUUGGAUGCUUUUCACGGGUAUUUUGAACUACAACGCUGUCUUAUAUUUCGAGCAGAUACGAAAGUACUCGGUUAUAAUCACGGCAUGUUGUUUUUUACCACAACCACUGAUUGGAGUUUUGGUUAAUAUUUUUGCCGGUUUUACCAUGCAUAUCAUCCCGGGAAAGUACCUUAUUACAAUCGGUUGUGGGGGUUUUGUGGUAGCAAGCAUAAUUUGGGCAACCAACAGCAUCGAUCGCAACUACUUCUUAGGUCCAUUCUGGGGAUUCUGCUUGGUGGUUAUCGGUGUUGAUUUAAUCUACAAUGUCUCAAAUCGUUGUGCUCUGUCAUCAGUUGAGCGCAAACUACAAAGUCGUGCUGCUGGAACAUUUAAUACCGUGUGUCAGCUAAGUUCAUCGGUUGGUUUGGGUAUAUCUACCACCAUUUUGGCAGCAAAGGAUCCGUAUUACGGUCAGGCGAAUCAACAAGAUCAUCCGGUUGACCUGUUUAACGCUACCAAAUACACUUACUACUUGGGUAUUGCGAUUUCGGGAUUCUCCGCCAUUCUGAGUCUUUUUUUGAACCUGGGAGUUGUUGGAAGUGUUAAACGUCAAAACUCUGUCACUCGAAAAUAA